AUGGCCUGGGUCGACCUCCACAGCGCGGCCGCCCGUGGCGACCUGGACCAGCUACGGCGGCACUGGUGGCUGAAUAAGUUCCACAUCAACAGGCGCAACGCAGACAAGCUGACACCUCUGCAUCUUGCUUGCAUAAAUGGCCAUGCAGAUGUUGUUCGGUUUCUAGUAGGCAAGAAUUGCAAGCUAAAUCCUCGUGACAAAUAUAAGAGAUCACCACUGAUGCUGGCAGUACAGCACCAGCACAGAGAUUGUGUGGCUGUUCUGCUGGAGCAUGGUGCCAACCGUGACCACAGAGCUGCUACUGGUAACACCGCCCUUCACUUUGCUGUCCUGAUGUCUAGCAAAUCUCUAGUGGAGCUGUUACUUGAGCAUGGCGCAGAUAUUGAUGUUAAGAAUGAACUGGGAUACGCUCCACUUACUCUUGCGAUCACUGAGCGUUGCAAAGGGAUGAUCGAGUUCCUUCUUCAAAAAGGAGCUGACGUGAAUGCUGCAGAUAAUCUUAAAAGGACCCCUCUGGAAGUUGCUGCUCUUCUUCAGGAUAAGGAUGCAGCAGAAGUUCUUCUUCGCAAUGGCGGUGUUAUCAAUAAAGACGGCCUUGGAGCGUAUGCAGUUCGAGCUUUUGAAAAACUAUUUGGAGAUGAGUUUAUUGCUAAUGAAGGAGAGGAAUAUGAAUGCUCUGAAAGGAAGGGACAGUGCUCUGCCCGAGGCACAGAAGAAAUUAACAUCUCUUGCUCUGGGACAACUGCUGACACUCUCUCAAAUACAUCUGCAUUGCUAGAAUUAUGUAAGACUCUUCGCUAUCAAGGAGGUGUCUUACCAGGAAUGAGAGAAGAGCAGAAGAAAGACAAAGACUCCUCCUGGGAUUCUGAGACUGAUUCCAAAGGUCAAGGGAAAGUGUCCGCUGACCCGACGCUUCCUGCUGCAGUGGGUAAGAGUUUGGAUGCGCGCUCUGUUGCAGUGGAGCACGGCAAAGGGGUCUUGCCAGCAGCAGGAGAAGAGCAGAAGGAAGACAGUGACUCCCCCUGGGAUUCUGAGGUACCUGCUCUGGAGGAGGCAGUGAGGUCCUGCUGGAUCAAUGGCUUCUGGGCUCCUUUCCCUUUGCUGCUGCUUUUGCCACACGCUUGCACCUUGGACCUGGACAUGCCAGUGCUGCAGACAAAGUGUUCAACUGAUUCUGAAGGUCCCUGGGAUGUAUCAAAAAAUGUGCUGCUUCCUGCUGCAUUCGGCAAUAGAUUGGACGCGCGUGCCCUGUUAGUACGGAGCGGCAAAGGGGCCUUGCCAGCAACAGAAGAGAAGAAGGAAGACAAUGACUCCCCCUGGGACACUGAGGUACCUGCUCUGGAGGAGGCAGUGAGGUCCCGCUGGAUCAAUGGCUUCUGGGCUCCUUUCCCUUUGCUGCUGCUUUUGCCACACGCUUGCACCUUGGACCUGGACAUGCCAGUGCUGCAGACAAAGUGUUCAACUGAUUCCAAAGGUCAAGGGAAAGUGAUGACCAACUUGACACUUCGUGCUGCAGUGGGCAAGAGUUUGGAUGCGCGCUCUGUUGCAGUGGAGCACGGCAAAGGGGUCUUGCCAGCAGCAGCAGAAGAGCAGAAGGAUAACAAUGACUUUUCCUGGGAUGAUGAUGACUUUUCCUGGCUUUUGGAGACUGAUUCCAAAGGUCAAGGGAAAGUGAUGACCAACUUGACACUUCGUGCUGCAGUGGGCAAGAGUUUGGAUGCGCGCUCUGUUGCAGUGGAGCACGGCAAAGGGGUCUUGCCAGCAGCAGGAGAAGAGCAGAAGGAAGACAAUGACUCCCCCUGGGAUUCUGAGACUGAUUCUGAAGGUCCAGCAGAAAGUGUGCUGCUUCGUGCUGCAGUGGGCAAGAGUUUGGAUGUGCGCUCUGUUGCAGUGGAGCACGGCAAAGGGGUCUUGCCAGCAGCAGCAGAAGAGCAGAAGGAUAACAAUGACUUUUCCUGGGAUGAUGAUGACUUUUCCUGGCUUUUGGAGACUGAUUCCAAAGGUCAAGGGAAAGUGAUGACCAACUUGACACUUCGUGCUGCAGUGGGCAAGAGUUUGGAUGCGCGCUCUGUUGCAGUGGAGCACGGCAAAGGGGUCUUGCCAGCAGCAGGAGAAGAGCAGAAGGAAGACAAUGACUCCCCCUGGGAUUCUGAGACUAAUUCUGAAGGUCCAGCAGAAAGUGUGCUGCUUCGUGCUGCAGUGGGCAAGAGUUUGGAUGCGCGCUCUGUUGCAGUGGAGCACGGCAAAGGGGUCUUGCCAGCAGCAGCAGAAGAGCAGAAGGAUAACAAUGACUUUUCCUGGGAUGAUGAUGACUUUUCCUGGCUUUUGGAGACUGAUUCCAAAGGUCAAGGGAAAGUGAUGACCAACUUGACACUUCGUGCUGCAGUGGGCAAGAGUUUGGAUGCGCGCUCUGUUGCAGUGGAGCACGGCAAAGGGGUCUUGCCAGCAGCAGGAGAAGAGCAGAAGGAAGACAGUGACUCCCCCUGGGAUUCUGAGACUGAUUCCAAAGGUCAAGGGAAAGUGUCGGCCGACUUGACGCUUCCUGCUGGAGUGGGCAAGAAUUUGGAUGCGCGCUCCGUUGCAGUGGAGCACGGCAAAGGGGCCUUGCCAGCAGCAGAAGAGCAGAAGGAAGACAGUGACUCCCCCUGGGAUUCUGAGACUGAUUCUGAAGGUCCAGCAGAAAGUGUGCUGCUUCCUGCUGCAGUGGGCAAGAGUUUGGAUGCGCGCUCAGUUGCAGUGGAGCAUGGCAAAGGGGUCUUGCCAGCAGCAGGAAAAGAGCAGAAGGAAGACAAUGACUCCCCCUGGGAUUCUGAGACUGAUUCUGAAGGUCCAGCAGAAAGUGUGCUGCUUCCUGCUGCAGUGGGCAAGAGUUUGGAUGCGCGCUCAGUUGCAGUGGAGCAUGGCAAAGGGGUCUUGCCAGCAGCAGAAGAAGAGCAGAAGGAUAACAAUGACUUUUCCUGGGAAGAUGAUGACUUUACCUGGCUUUUGGAGACUGAUUCCAAAGGUCGAGGGAAAGUGUCGGCCAACUUGACGCUUCGUGCUGCAGUCGGCAAGAGUUUGGAUGUGCGUUCUGUUGCAGUGGAGCACGGCAAAGGGGUCUUGCCAGCAGCAGGAAAAGAGCAGAAGGAAGACAAUGACUCCCCCUGGGAUUCUGAGACUGAUUCUGAAGGUCCAGCAGAAAGUGUGCUGCUUCCUGCUGCAGUGGGCAAGAGUUUGGAUGCGCGCUCAGUUGCAGUGGAGCAUGGCAAAGGGGUCUUGCCAGCAGCAGCAGAAGAGCAGAAGGAUAACAAUGACUUUUCCUGGGAAGAUGAUGACUUUUCCUGGCUUUUGGAGACUGAUUCCAAAGCUCAAGUGAAAGUGACCGCUGACGCGGCGCUUCCUGCUGCAGUCGGCAAGAGUUUGGAUGCGCGCUCUGUUGCAGUGGAGCACGGCAAAGGUAUCGUUCCAGCAGCAGGAGCAGAGCAGAAGGAAUAUUUUGACCCGUCUUCUAAGAAUAAGGUUCCUGCACUGGAGGCAGGAGAUCUUCAGCUAAGAUCUGAUUCUUCACGACAAACAGAUUCUCAGCUGGACAGACAGGUGACUCUAAUAGAGGCAGAAGCAGAUAUCCCUAAAUAG